CUAUUAUGUUAUUGUAAACGGAACUAACUUCACUGCAUUAGAAAAUUAAAGUGACCAAUCAAUUUGCGAAUUCUCGAUAACGUGAACAUGAAAUCAUUAUCAGUCGGAACUCUUAUUUUAUUACGUUAAGAUAAAUAUUUCUAUCUCUUUUUCGGAGAUUUAAAUUAUUCAGAACACACAAAUAGAAAAAUGUUAACAGUUUUGACAUUGACACUGACAGUAAGUAGUUCUUGUCAUGCGAGUUCAUUUUUGAUUAGAUAAACAAAUUAUUUUAAAAUUUUAGCAGUUAUCUUAAGAAAAUGUGUUCUGUAGUUAUAUCAAUAUCUAGGCGCUUGAAUGCAAGAAUUUCCGACACCACCAAUCUCUUUACAGACUCUGGAAAUUGAUUGUGCACGAAGAAAAAUGUCCGGAGAGAGUGACAGUGAUUUUGUGAAAAGUGUUGAGGAGCUUUUGGAAGCUGGCAAUACAUCAGAUGCAAAGGCAGUGUUUUGCGACGAAGAACACUUAGAUAACGUCAGAAACAACUGUUGGGAUCUGAUAACGGUCGUCAGUAAAUUCCUAUCGUCCCAAAACAAUGGAUCUAACUUCGAUAAUAUGUUCAGCUGCAGUAAGAACUUGUUGUAUAGAAUUGCAGAUAUCUGUACCCCAGAGGAGGCCUUGUUGCAGUUCAUUGAAGAGAUAGAAGAGGCUGAUAGUGACUUAAAAUUUGUUACACUGCUAGAACCAUUGAGAAGAGUGUUAACAAGAAUUCCAAAAAAAGUUUCUAUUUCAUUAGCUUGGGGUUUUAAUGCAAUAAACUGUUAUUUAAAUAAAUAUGAUAUACCAGACAGUGAAAACUUACAGGGAAAGGAAAAAUUGUUGUUAGAUAGUGCUGAGGAUACUCGAAAUAUCAAUGAGCUAUACACAAGUGUUCUGCAUUUUUAUGAUUCUUUAUUACAAGAGAUUUCAUUUAAAGAUGAGGGCAAUGAACGUUGGACUGUUGUGCUCAAAUUCUUGAUUAGACUAUUAGGCACGCCUUUGGUAUAUCUGGACGUGGAAGUUUUUGAUAACAUAAAGGGUACCGCGAGAUUAUCUUCAGAAUAUUUGGUCACUAAAGUGUUUCAAAUAUGCCCAGAUCCGAUCUCUUUACUCAGUUUCCGGUCUUUGGCUGAAAACGAUGAUAUUUUUAAUUUGAAUGAUCUAGGAUUGGCUUCAUUGUACUAUUUAAUCUUCUCUGAAGGUAUUUUUAUAGAAAAAGUACCAAAAGUGUAUGAUUCGAAAUAUUUUUUUCUCAAUUCUUUACACCUAGUUAUGAUUUUGCUUAAUAAAAAUCAUCAGGUGGUUGUAGAAAAAGGACUGAAGCUUGCUUGUAGUUUAUUACAGCAUAUCCACUGUUUCAAACUGUCCUACUUUGUAUUAGACAGCCCAGAUCACCCUGAAUUUUGUAAAACUUUGGCUAAUGUUAUUAUUUACAAUGAAAUGGAAAGUUUUCGUAAGCUGGCUUUGGAAGUGUAUCAAACUUACCUGUCUCUGUUUGAAGUUAGGGGGUUCUAUUUGAUAUUAUACAAUUUUAUUUCACAAAUAACCCAUUCUGGUUUGAAGGGUUUCACCAUUACUAGGUACAAAGAUCUGGUUGUUAAGGAGUUUGAAAAUACCAAUAAUGUCUUUAUAAGAGGCUCAAAAUUGUUGGCUUUGCUUAAGAAAUUCUGUUUUUUACAUAAACAGGAAGAGAGCGAUUUGAUUGAGGUGUCAGAUGAAAUUAUAGCUACAUUAAAUCUCCUCAGGUUCUUAACUAUCAGGGACAAAUUGAAUAGUACCCAAAUUUGGGAUUUUAUACCUGUAUUGGAUGAAAUUUACUUCAAGCCUUUGAGGAAAGGCUUGGAAUUAUCCAGAGGGCAUUUUAAGUUAAAAAUAAAAGAGAUUGAAGAGGAAAAUGUGGGAAAACGUACCGAAAAUGAUAUUAAUGUAUUGAUUAAAGGCGAAAGCUCACAACUAAUCUGGUCCACCACUCGGCAAUUUUCGUCCACUACAACCACCACAGAACCCACGGAUGCAAAUUCAAGCCAUCAAAAUGCUAGUCAAUAUGAGGACGACAUCAGAAAUAAAAUUCUAGAGGCUUCUCUACCCUUCGUGCCCCAACUGGGUUGGUCCAAAGAUACGAUAUGCAAAGGAGCCGAAGUCGUAGGAUAUCCAGGCGUCAUACACGGGAUGUUUACCAGAGGUGGGGGUGAUUUGAUCCACUAUUUUCAAUCUAGUUCUAAUUUUAAGCUAGUUGAAAUUUUGAAAAAGCUGACAGAAGAAACGUCUGGAAAACCACUUUCACCUGCAGAUUUUGCGGAAAAAGCUAUCCAAGAACGCUUAAAAAUGAUCGCCCCGUAUAUUAGCAAGUGGCCGCAGGCCAUAGCCAUACAAUCACUACCACCGAAUGUUCCUAAAUCGCUAGCAACACUCCUAACAAUGGUUGACGAUAUAUGUUACUACGCUGGUGAUCGAUCUGUAGAUAUAAAUUGGUACUUGCGCAGACUGGGCAUCGCCGGAGUGUAUAAAGCCACAGAAUUAUAUAUGAUACAGGACAAGUCUGCGGAAUUUGAAAAUACUUGGGUGUUUUUAAAUAAAAGAUUGUUAGAAGCCGUUCAACUGCACGAUCUUCUGAUUAAAACUGAGACCGGUAGUCAGACGGCGAAAGAUACCAUCCAAUCGGUAUUUGUAACGGCAAGAAAUAUACUAGGACUCAACUGGCACAGAUAGUUUUCUAAAUAGUAACGAUUAUAUUUAAGAGUUAAUAACAAAAUAUAUUUUUAUUACCUCUUCCUUUAUAACAUUAUUUAAGGCAAUGUUAUUUUUACUGUUAAAAAAUAUAUAUAAAAGGUUUAAAAAAAUAAAUGGAAACAAUUUAUUGGGAAACGCUUUUUAUUCAUUUAUUUAUCACAAAAUGUAUAAAUACAUAAUUAUAACAAGUGAAAACACGUCAACAACCGGGGAUUUUCUACUUUCAAUCAGACUAGGUUGGUAAUUUAGAUUUAUAAUAAAAAACAAAUAAUGCAAAAUACAAAAAUCUCAACUGAACAAAAAGUAACAUAAUUUUUUUACUUAUCAAACCUGCUGACAGUAGACUAACAAAACAACAGAAUUGAGUCAACAACUAUUAUACUGAGCAAGAAUUUAUGAAGAUGACCAAAUAGAAAAUCAAUAUAUACAUUAAA